UCCCCGACUUCCCCGAGUCAGUCGAGUCCCACCCUGAAGAAUAAUGGAGGUGGCCGGAGGCGCCGAGACUGAGAUCCGGCCUCUGAAGCCGUGUCUGCUGCGCCGCAACCACAGCCGCGAGCAGCAUGGCGUGGCGGCCUCCUGCCUGGAGGAGCUGAGGAACAAGGCCUGUGACAUUCUGGCCAUUGAUAAGUCCCUGGCACCAAUCACCCUGGUCCUGGCAGAGGAUGGCACCAUAGUGGAUGAUGAUGAUUACUUCCUGUGUCUGCCUUCCAAUACUAAGUUUGUUGCCUUGGCCAGUAAUGAAAAGUGGACGUACAACAAUUCAGAUGGAGGGACAGCUUGGAUUUCCCAAGAGUCCUUUGAUGUAGAUGAAACGGACACUGGGGCAGGCCUGAGGUGGAGGAAUGUGGCCAGGCAGCUGAAAGAAGAUGUGUCCAGCAUCAUCCUCCUGUCCGAGGCAGACCUCCAGGUGCUCAUUGAUGCUCCGUGUUCAGACCUGGCUCAGGAACUCCGCCAGAGCUGUGUCACCGUGCAGGGGCUCCAGAACACCCUCCAGCAGGUCCUGGACCAGAGGGAGGAAGCCCGACAGUCCAAGCAGCUCUUGGAGCUUUACCUCCAGGCUUUAGAGAAGGAGGGCGGCAUCUUGUCAAAGCAGCAAGAGUCCCAAACUGUUGGUGACCAGACGGAUGCAGUCGACACGGGUGGUAACAGAGAGAGCUCCUCCACAAUCGCACUCACAAGCCAGAUCCUUACUGUGCUGAAGGAGAAGCCUGCUCCAGAGCUGAGUCUGUCCAGUCAGGAUUUGGAGCUGGUUGCCAAGGAAGACCCCGGAGCUUUGGCUGCCGCUUUGAGCUGGGACGCGGAGAAGACUGUGACGGUGCAGCAGGCCUGUAAUCAGGAGCUCAGCCUGCGCCUCCAGCAGGUGCAGAGCCUGCGUUCCCUCCGGAACCUGUCGGCCAGGAAGAGUUCGCUGCCUGGAGAACGGCAGGAGCCUAAGCGAGCCAGACAAGACCCCACGUAGCUGCAGCUGGAAACCCCGUGGCCUUGUUCUCAUUCUCAGUAAAUACCUUCAGCCUGAUUACUGUAGCUGCUGCCUUAAUACUGUACCCCCUGCCUGAUAGCACCUUCUGGAACAGCCUGGAAGACCAGCCUCCUGCGGUCCCUUCCAGAAAAGUGCUGCCACAUCUCAGCUCCCGCCCUUGCAUUUUUUGAAUGACAAAGCUGCACCAACAAUACCCCACCUCUUACUAAUGACCUGUUCUCAUGGUCUCUGUUUGAAAGUAACAGUCAAGGGCAGUGAAAAGAAGCUGUUGUAUUUCAGACUCACUAUCCUUUUUCAGAAGCUGGAACUGCAGAAUUUUCAACACAGAUAAUGGUCAGGAAGGUGACGUACCAGAGUUGAUUUAUGGCCACAAACUCGUUUCUCAAGUGAAUGAGUUUUUUGGUUUGUGUAAAGGCGCAUAUUAAGUCUGCAGACCAUAGGGACAUAUGGAGAGUCUAAUUCGCCAUUUCUAAUUGUGAAAUUAUAUUUGUUACCACUGUGAAACUGUUUCCAGUUUUCUAAUAUGUUUUAUCAGCAGGGGGUAUGAAAGGUCAUUAAACCGAUCUCCAUGUGA